AUGCGGGUAGUGACCGAAGCCUGUGUCCGGAAGCUGAAACUACCGCGGCGUAACGGAAAACUCGUGGUCAACGGACUUGGCCAGCAGGAAGUGGGAACAACACGUGGUUUGGUUACCAUUCGUCUUGCAACACGGUUCAACGACGUCGUAGUCUUGACCACCGAGGCUUACGUGCUUGGGAAACUCACCACCACAAUCCCAUCUCAACGAUUCAACCCUGCCAAUUUGAAGCUUUUGGAUGACUUGGGAGAUCUUGCCGACCCGGAGUUCAACCGACCGGGUGCAAUAGAUAUCAUCCUAGGUGCAGACGUUUUUCUUGCUCUUCUGGAAGGGGGACAAGUCAAGAACGAAAGCGGCCAAACGGUGGCCCAACGGACGAUCUUCGGGUGGAUCGUCGCCGGACAAUACGACGCGUCUGAAGUUAUCCCCAACAACCACGCCGUCGUCAAUCUGCAUGUUGACAUCGAUCUUAACCGAACCUUGCAGAAGUUUUGGGAGCAGGAGGAGAUUUCCAAAGCAUCACCGCUUACUCCUUCUGAGCAGCAGGUCACUGAACACUUCAGUUCGACCCUGCAACGGGACGAAACAGGACGCUUCAUUGUCAGACUACCCUUUGAUGAUUCGAAGCCAGCGCUCGGCGGUUCCCUCGCUGUAGCCACGAAGCGGAUGCAAUCCAUCGAGCGACGAUUCCAACUGGAUCCCGAGUUCAAGCGCCAGUACACUUCUUUCAUGCACGAGUAUCUAUAA